UCCUGCGAUGGCUGCCGUCGGCAGGAACUGUCAUUUCAGGGAGACCAAAACACCAUUCAGACGGAAAAAAAUGCCUUUUAAUUUACACUGGACUCUCACUGUUCUUAUUUUUAUCGCAAGUCGGUGUUCCGCCGACGAAGACCAUGAAAUGGAAGAGUUUUUGAAGCGCGAGUAUUCCCUAUCCAAGCCUUACCAAGGUGUGGGAUCCUUGGGCUCCUCCCACUGGGAGCUGAUGGGGGAUGCCAUGGUAACCACCGACCAGGUGCGCCUCACACCUGACAAGCAGAGCAGGCAGGGGGCGGUGUGGAGCCGAAUUCCCUGCCAUCUGAAUGACUGGGAGAUGCAAGUGCACUUUAAGAUUCACGGGCAAGGAAAGAAGAACCUGAAUGGUGAUGGAUUGGCCAUUUGGUACACUAAGGAACGCAUGCAGAAAGGUCCUGUAUUUGGUCAUAUGGACAACUUCACUGGCUUGGGUGUGUUUGUGGACACAUAUCCCAAUGAGGAGAAACAGUUGGAGGCGCAGAAGAAAAGAUAUACUCCUCGCACACAGAGGAUCUUCCCCUUCGUUCUGGCCAUGGUCGGCAAUGGCACCAUCAGCUACGACCACGAGAGGGACGGUCGGCCCACAGAGCUCGGCGGCUGUAACGCCAUGGUGCGCAACCUCAAACAUGACACCUUCCUCUUCAUCAGAUACAUCCGCCGCAGACUUACGGUGAUGAUCGACAUUGACGGGCAACAUGAGUGGAGGGACUGCCUGGACAUCCCCGGGGUGCGGCUCCCCAAGGGCUAUUAUUUUGGAGCGACAGCCGUCACUGGAGACCUCUCAGACAACCAUGAUAUCAUUUCCCUGAAACUCUACCAGCUGACUGUGUUGAGGAGUAAACAGGAAGAGGAGGAGCAAGAGGAGGAGAUAACCAUACCGAGUGUCGACAACUUUGAACUACUCCGAUUGGGUCAGACGGACGAAGGGAUGAGCGCAGUGGCUAUUUUCUUCACCGUGUUCUUCUCCAUUCUGGGUUGUAUCUUCCUCAUCGUCAUCGGCCUGGUGGUCUACAGCCACUGGCACGAGAGCCGGCGCAAGCGCUUCUACUGAAAAAGACGUGAUGGUGAUAAUAUAAGAGAGUGUGGUCUUUGAGACAACAUUCAAACGUAACUGGAGGACCAUAGAGCAGUGGGUUGUUUUAUCCCACUGCAGAUGGAGUCGAUGUAGCACCUGCUACAACAGAAGCCAUCUUCCGAUUUCCCCACUGGUAGUCAUGAAGCAGUAGUAGGACUUUAUUCUGCUCCUCAACCACUGCCUGAUGCUCACCAACUCCGCCUUACUCCACCUCUGAUCAUGUUUCACAGCGAACAUGCAGUUACAUCACAAGACUUCAUUUUCUGUGACUGUGUGCUGGAAAUGACCUUCUCUGAGAUUUUUCAGCUGGAUGAUGUUUUUAGAAAUUAAGUUAUAUGAACUAAUCUAUUGUGUUCCUACAUGUGGUCUACAUGCAAUAUGACUUGAAGAGCCAACCAAAACAAUAAUCUACUUUUAAAAACGAUUGUGAUCUUACUUUGUAGCUUCUUGUGAACUGAAGAUUAAUCUCAUCUUUAAAAGAACAAAAAAAACAAUUCAGUGCUCGGUAAUCAAUCCUGUAAGUUUUGUGAAUGAACUUUAUAUAGAGCAUCGAAGAUUAUAUUCUCAUCCUGUAGGUGAAGUAUGCAUGAUAGUUAAUGAGGUGUGUGAAGAAUUAAAGACGUCUACACAGGGCGUUUGUGAAACCGUGUCAUUGGUGCAUGUCGCAAAGAUUUUGUGUUUCAGGGAGAAUAUUUGAUUCCAGCAAUCUGACAACACGUUUUGAUUCAUAUUUCCCUUUUUCAGAGUUCAUGUACGGAUUUAAGAAAGGAUUUUUUGACAGUGAAAGCAAGUUAUUCGUAACAUAUUUGAAAAAAAGAUGCAUUUAAAUAUCUAGUUUGCACUGAAGAGAGGGCUGAGAAUGAUUCAUGAGAAUUUGAAUGACUACUCAGUAAUGUAAGUAUUCCCCUCAACUCUUUUAUUGACACUUCUUUUUUUGCACAUUGAAUCCUAUAAAUGGCCUUUUUGUUUGUGUUGUUCUUUUGUGUUGAUUGAGUACAUGUUUUAUCACUGAGCUGAACAAACAUACAAACAGGUUUGGGCUCAGGAUGCUCUGUUUGUUUUGAGGUGUUGACUAAAUGUGUGUAAUGUAUGUAUGUUCAGGAAAAGGUUCCAAGCCUCAUGGAAGCAUCAGAUAUGUUUUAUCUUGUGUUUGGACUUCCUCAUGUCUUACAGCCACUUUGACAACCAUCCUACCUUAUUCACAUUCUUCUGUGUUUCUUUCUGUUUGAUUUGUAAGAAAACGGUCUGCCUCAUGUAUCCAAUGUGUGCCCCACCAUUUUUUGUUCCUGUUACUUUGUCCAGAACUUAUUUAACGUGUCAUUAAAAGCAAAACCAGACCUGUGUAUGAGCUCUGCUUGUGAGUAAUGGUAAGCUACAUAUACGAGCAGAUGAAGGCUUUGAAUCGAAACGCAUCUGUUGUUGAUCUACCCUGACGAUAUACUUUAAAGGACAUCUAGUGUGUUGACUUCUCAGUUUUCUGUGUAGUCUUUUUUGCUGUCGUGCACCUGACGUUUUGUAACUGUUUGAGUGUGCUCCUUUUUUGCUGUUUUAAUCUACAUAUACACACCAUUUAGUAAUAAUUUGACAUUUGGAAAGUUAAAUCUACUCUUUAUUAGGGACAAAGAUAGAAAGUUUAAGUAUCAGCUGCAGUGCUCUAUAGGAACGUUAUGAUCAAAACUUUUCAGCUUUCAAUUUGGGUUAUUUUGAUGUCUGGAUGUAAAUCGCCUCUCCAACAGCAAUACGAUGAUCCUACUGAGUGGAGCCCUGUUUGCCAUCUCAGUGUUAAACAUUAAUAUAAGCAUUGUUACACAAGAGGGAGUAAUAUUGUACUGAAUAUCAGCACAGCUGUGAUUUGGUCAGACUUGGUAAUAACAGCCCUCAGCUGAUGUUACAGUACAACAGAACAACCUCAGAUGUGAUGUGACUUUUACACUAUACGUAGUUCUCAAAGUGGAAUUACUUUUCAGGAAACAGCGAAAUACAACACAUUUAUUUACUCCAUUAUCAGAACUAGUUCCCCGGCGGGAUUGGACCUCGACUAUUGUAAAGAAACACUCGGGCACUGAUGGACCUAGCGGUUAGGUCAAUCCCCAGGCCACAGUCCUACAAGCGGGAGGCCCAGGUUCAUGUCAUUCCUCGCUCUAUCUUCCGAUAUCCUCUCUUUUUCCUGCACACUUGAUACCUGUCUGUAUGUUACCACAGACCAGUUACUUUGUGUUAUGUGCACUCAUCUAUGGGUUUCCUUUUAUUCUGAAAGAAAAAUACUUUAGUGAUUUUAUCAUCCCGACAGAGUUUUUGCUGUGACGUUGAUUAAUAGUAUUUAACGCACUUGCAGCUCGGUGGUUUAAUAUAUUUAAGUCCCAGCGCAGUUGUACUGUAUAUAAGCGGUCAUGUAAUGCCUCUUGUCUAAAACUAGCUGUUGUAUAUUUCUACUUAAGCACCCGGAAGCAUUGUCCCCAGCCUUUACAAUUCUCACAACACUUGGAAAAGCAACCUGAGGGUAAAUGGAUGAAAAGAAACAGACUUGAGGUUAAAAAAUGAACAAAAAGCCUUGAGUGCCAAUGAUUGUUUUAUUAAAAAAAUAAAAUACAAAUGAUGACCCAACAAGAACACCGCAGACUCCUUACUAAAACAAGAGCGUUUUUUUUUUUGUUUUUUACCAUCAUUCAGUGCUUUCAUUUUUUUGUCUCUUUUUUCUCUUAACUCAGUUUGGCUUGUUUAAAGUUAGUAGGAAAACAAAUGCAAGAAGAGUCUGGUCUGGUUGAAGGUUCCUGCUUCCUUCUCAAACUAGGAUUUUGGCAAAAAAAAAAAAAAAUCCACUUUAAUCAAAUGUAGCACCUCAAUGUGUUCGGGUGUUUGGUUUUUAUCAGCGGUGGUGACGGUGAAAGGACAUUUUAGAAUUUGUGUGAAAGAAAGCAUCACAGUGAUCAUGGGAAUAUUGUUUCUCUUCUCUAAUUCAGUGUUGAGGGGCCAUCGAAACGUUCCUGCAUUACCCUUCUGUGUUUUUGUUUCUGACUGUGUUCCAUGUUGAGGUCCUUCAUAUGUUUAGUAUACAAAAGUUUUGAAAUUGAUGUUGUUACAACUGAGGAUUAAAAGGCAACAGUUAAA